AUGGGUAGUGCAUAUAAGAUUUUCGGUAGAACAUUCCAACCUCAUCAACUGGCUAUUGCCACGUUGGCCACAGUAGCCGUCAUUGCUGCUCCUAAUCCAUUCGCCGCCAAGAAGCCAAAGGUAGCUGAAAUUAAGGCUGAAUCUGCAGAGGAAGAAGCAUUCAUUAAGGCUUAUAUUGAGAAGCAUAGUACUGAAGCAAAGGCAGCUUAA